AUGAGCAAGCCAUCAUGGAAGGAUACAUUAAUUGGUGAAUCUGAGUAUGUCGAUGAUCACAGGUCUGGUAUGACAGUUGUGAAGCUGAAUGGAAGAUUGUACAAGUGUGGUCUCAUCAGUCCACGCUUGGACUUUGGAGAUCGAGUCCUAGACUGCAAGGCUGCUCCCCUCACCCAGCCGCGUGUCAGUUCGUUCUUGCCCGAGUCCUGGGGUGGAGGGAGUAGGCAUGUCAAGCAGGGCAGGCCAUGGGGGCGGCAGCAGCGGUCCAUGCCAGGAAGACAGUUGUCGGAUGGUGUUCUGGACUACGCCCAAGUAGCCAGCAGUGACAACUCUGAAAAGACACCGACAGUCCAUCUGUCAGCGACCUUCGUGCUCUAUGGCUUGACUGGUGAUUUGCCCUACCUCACUGCCGCUCCCUGCACAUCCCGGCAGGUGAUCCGAUCGGUGUCAGCGACAACUCUGAAAAGACAUCACUCACAUAGGCGCAGGAGCUUCAGCUGUGCAGGACAUCGAUUUGCCCAUUGUGCCGCCCACAAGCUUCUUGAUGUCUCCAGCAUCCAUGACGCAUUCCAUGGCGCCUACGAGCUGUUCGAUCAAAUGCUGCACCGCCACCGGUUGCCACCAUCUGAUCGUGCAAUCAUGGUGUGA